CUUGAAAGUUGCAAGUGCAUGUGAUACCCCGCUGAGUGAGAGACUAUAUAAACGCCCUUGAGUUAUAACUUGAAAGAAGUCCCUCGGUUCUCGUCUCCUUGUCACAAGAUCUCGGAAAAUGCUGUUAUUAUCAGUGGCAGUGGCGACAGUGGCCCUCGCAGUGCCAGGGGGUCACUGCUCCCCCCCCAAGGAAAUCAGCAUCGGCCACUGUCCUGAUUAUUUCCCAAAGCAGGAUUUUGUACUCUCUUCGUACCUCGGCCUGUGGUAUGAGCACCAGAGAUUCGACAACGGCUUUGAGAUGGGACUCGACUGUGCCAAGGCAGAGUACACUGACUUAGGCGACGGUUUCUUCGAGCUGCACAACUCGGGCCGGAAGGAGGGCGACCUGUUUGCGGAAUCCUUCGCCGUCGGGUACGAGCUCGCCCCGGGGCACAUCGUGGCCGACUUCGAAGGACAUGACCCCGUUAAUUACUUCGUCCUGGACACUGAUUACGAAACAUUUGCUGCCGUGUAUAACUGCGUUCAGCUGGGCGAAGUCAUGUACGAAUACGCGUGGAUGUUCACCAGGCAGACCAGUGUCUCUGAGGAUCUCAUUGCCAAGAUCCGCCAGGUGUUUGUGGAGAACGGCGUGGAUGUCAACCUCUUCCAGGUGACAAACCAGGGACCCGAUUGCGUCUACAUUCCCUAAGGCACGAGGGACGAAGAUGGAAUAGAAAUAAUUGAAUAAAUAUAUAUAUAUUG